GACCUUACCAAAUUCAAUAACUAGAGAGGAUAUAAGUGGAGUUUAAUUCAGAAAUUGAGGGUAUAUUUGGAAAAUUAAAGGUAACGCGACUUGUCGAGUUGUAUGAACCCUUCAUCUGUUUCAUAUGUGAGGCAAAACAUUAAGAUCAUAAAACCCUAAUCCCAAAAUAUCUCUGUAAAUUGUUAUCCCAGCUGUAAUCAAAGUAGGAAAGCCUUUCUGUUCCAUCUCUUCGCGUUGUCUCUAAUCUCUACGAUUAAUAACAGAUACUUGUAUCUCUCUCUGCUUGUUUGUUGUUGGGAUAAGCUGAGAUUAUUUUCAAUAAUGGCAACUAGGCUUAUGUUUGAGAACUCAUGUGAGGUUGGAGUAUUUUCCAAGCUCACCAAUGCUUAUUGCUUGGUUGCUAUUGGAGGCUCUGAAAGCUUCUACAGCACAUUUGAGGCUGAGUUAGCAGAUGUUAUCCCAGUGGUUAAAACUUCAAUUGCAGGCACUAGGAUUGUUGGCCGUCUUUGUGCUGGUAACAAGAAUGGGCUUCUCUUGCCCCACACCACCACAGACCAAGAACUUCAACACUUGAGAAACAGCCUACCUGACAAUGUUGUGGUUCAGCGCAUUGAAGAGAAAUUAUCUGCAUUGGGAAAUUGUAUAGCCUGCAAUGACCAUGUUGCUCUAACACAUACAGAUCUUGACAGAGAAACAGAGGAAAUGAUUGCGGAUGUUCUUGGUGUAGAAGUUUUUAGACAGACAGUUGCUGGUAAUAUUCUUGUGGGAAGUUAUUGUGCAUUCUCCAAUAGAGGUGGCUUGGUUCAUCCACAUACAUCUAUAGAAGACUUGGAUGAACUUUCGACCCUCCUUCAGGUGCCUCUAGUUGCUGGGACUGUAAACCGUGGGAGUGAAGUAAUAGCAGCUGGCAUGACUGUGAAUGACUGGACAGCAUUCUGUGGGUCAGAUACUACGGCUACUGAGCUAUCUGUCAUUGAGAGUGUUUUCAAGUUGAGGGAAGCUCAGCCUAGUGCUAUUGUUGAUGAGAUGAGGAAAUCAUUGAUUGACAGCUAUGUUUAGGUCAUCAAUGUUGUUCGAUUACCAAAGGUAUUAAUGUUAUCUUAAUUUGUCUUAUAAAGCUGAAGUAAUGAUAUAGUUUUGUGUUCUAAACAGAAAGUGGAUCAAGUUUUGAAAUUCAAUUGUUAUUGUUGGUUGUUUAAUAGGUAUUUAAUGUCUUGUUAUGCACGAAAUUAGAUCUAAUGGACGAGGCAAGAGCGGAAGCUCUAGAAUGUUUCUUGCUAAAUACAAAGAAUAAAUAAUGAAAGUAAGGGUUGGCUUUUAA